AGCAGCGAAAGGGUUAAAGUUUCUUAAAGGAACCAAUGCCUUUUGUUUCUACACUGGACACAUUAGAGUUGAUUUUCAGCAUGUUUGCUUUCCUGGCGUGCAUUAUUGUGAACAUGGUAUAUAUAAGAAGUUGCCAGCCAGUGUGGGCGUAGAAGCAAGUCAUAGUAUACAGGUAGAUCACAUGUGGCAGUGGGUGGAUAUAAGAAUUGCAUUGUUCCUGUGGAUAUUCCGUGACUUUGCUCAGCAGUACUAAUGAAAGUGACAUUUCUUUGGCAUGUCGGAAUGAUUUUCUUUCCUUUGCGUCUUAAUAUGAUUCUUGCCCUCUGCGGGUUCCUUUUUCCCAUGUAACCUUAUCACAUCCAGGGACAGAGUGAAAGAAAGCUCAAGAGGCUCAUUGAGCAGCAGCUGAGGUUUCAUGUGACCUACAUGGAGAAUACACUGAAACAGCAGUUCCUCCCCUGGAAAUUUAAGACACGGGAUAGAAGCUCUGUCACUUCCUAACAUUCAGCUGAAUGGAAGUCAGUGAUAGGAAGCAUAGCUCCUACGGCAGCCUUCUCUGUCUGCUGGGACUGAAGCUGACAAGUCUUCCUCAGCCUACCCCUGUACGGGGGGCACUAUGGAUUACACCAGAACUAGAAGGAGACCUGCGGUUUAGUUUAAACACUGACUUUUUUGUCGAAUCAACAUGAGUAUUAUCCUCAAGCCAAGAUCCCGAUCCACCAGCUCCCUCAAGACAACAGAUGGGCUCUGCUUUGAUGUGGACAAUGGCACCUCAUCGGGACGGAGUCCCCUGGAUCCCAUGACAAGCCCGGGAUCAGGGCUGAUUCUACAGGCAAAUUUUGUCCACAGUCAACGAAGGGAAUCGUUCCUGUACAGGUCAGACAGCGACUAUGACCUCUCGCCAAAGUCCAUGUCUAGGAACUCCUCCAUCGCUAGUGAUAUACAUGGAGAUGACUUGAUUGUAACACCAUUUGCUCAGGUACUGGCCAGUCUGCGUACUGUAAGGAAUAACUUUGCUGCAAUAACCAACCUGCAAGAUCGGGCACCCAGCAAACGGUCAACAAUGUGUAACCAACCAUCCAUCAACAAAGCAAGCAUACCAGAGGAGGCCUACCACAAGCUGGCCAGUGAGACCCUGGAGGAGCUGGACUGGUGUCUGGACCAGCUGGAGACCCUACAGACCCGACACUCCGUCAGUGAGAUGGCCUCCAACAAGUUCAAAAGAAUGCUCAAUCGGGAGCUCACCCACCUAUCAGAAAUGAGCCGGUCUGGCAACCAAGUUUCCGAAUAUAUUUCAAACACCUUUUUAGAUAAACAGCAUGAAGUGGAGAUGCCAACUCAGGCCCAAAAGGAGAAGGAGAAGGAAAAGAAAAAGAGACCCAUGUCUCAGAUUAGUGGUGUGAAGAAACUAAUGCACAGCUCUAGUCUCACAAACUCUAGUAUCCCCAGGUUUGGAGUAAAAAGUGAAAGUGAAGAUUCUCUAGCCAAGGAACUUGAAGAUGUGAACAAAUGGGGCCUUAAUAUUUUUAAAGUAACUGAAUAUUCUGGAAAUCGACCUCUCACAGUCGUCAUGCACACAAUAUUUCAGGAACGGGAUCUGUUGAAGACAUUUAAAAUACCGACAGACACUUUAGUUACAUACUUAAUGACUUUAGAAGACCAUUAUCACGCCGAUGUGGCUUACCAUAAUAACAUACAUGCAGCGGAUGUUGCUCAGUCUACCCAUGUGCUGCUUUCCACGCCAGCUUUGGAGGCUGUUUUCACAGACCUGGAAAUUCUCGCUGCAAUCUUUGCAAGUGCAAUACAUGAUGUUGAUCAUCCUGGCGUCUCCAAUCAAUUUCUUAUCAACACCAACUCAGAAUUAGCCUUGAUGUACAAUGACUCAUCUGUUCUGGAGAACCACCAUUUAGCUGUGGGUUUCAAGCUGCUACAAGAAGAGAACUGUGACAUUUUCCAGAACUUGACCAAAAAGCAGAGACAAUCAUUACGGAAAAUGGUCAUUGACAUAGUGCUUGCAACAGAUAUGUCGAAGCAUAUGAAUUUACUGGCCGAUUUGAAAACAAUGGUUGAAACCAAGAAAGUCACAAGCUCCGGGGUCCUUCUUCUCGACAACUAUUCUGACAGAAUACAGGUUCUUCAGAACAUGGUACAUUGUGCAGAUCUCAGCAAUCCAACAAAACCUUUGCAGCUCUACCGACAUUGGACAGACCGGAUAAUGGAGGAAUUCUUCCGUCAGGGAGAUCGAGAGAGGGAGCGAGGAAUGGAAAUCAGCCCUAUGUGUGACAAGCACAAUGCCUCUGUGGAAAAAUCACAGGUCGGGUUCAUAGAUUACAUUGUUCAUCCAUUGUGGGAAACAUGGGCAGAUCUUGUUCACCCCGAUGCCCAAGACAUACUGGACACACUGGAGGACAAUCGAGAAUGGUAUCAAAGCACAAUUCCCCAGAGUCCGUCCCCUGCCCCAGAUGAGCAGGAAGAAGGUAGACAAGGUCAAACUGAAAAAUUCCAGUUUGAACUAACACUGGAAGAGGAUGGGGAAUCGGACACAGAAAAGGACAGUGGCAGUCAAGUAGAAGAAGACACCAGCUGUAGUGACUCAAAGACCCUUUGUACACAGGACUCUGAAUCUACUGAGAUUCCACUAGAUGAGCAGGUGGAAGAAGAGGAAAGCCAGACAGAACCUAGUGCAUUUGAGGGAGAGCAUUCCCCUGACACGUAACAGUGUGGAAAGCGCUCUCUUAUCUCCCUUUUUGUUUUUAAGUUCUUUUGUUUUCUUUUUAGAAAAUGGUCUCCAAAGUGCAUGAAACAUGCCUCAACCAUGCUCACACCUCACGUUCAUCUGCCGGGAUGUUUGUUGAUCAAAACUGACCUAAUUUACUCAGUUUGGCACUCAGGAAUAUUAACCGAAAUCCAUGUCCACAGCAGUGGAAAGAUAACAGGAAACAUUGGCAGACAGUGAAAAUAAUCAACUACUCCAAAAAGUUUCUUGAGGAGUGACAAACUCAAGAAGAUCACAUGGCUUUGCUUACAGUGAGGAACAAGCAUUGACAGAAAUAAGGAAUGCACAGUGCUAAAGUGCUGGCCUCGUGCAGCGAAAGAUAAUUGCAUUUUGUUAUCGGGACACAUCUUGGAUGGUACAGCAUCAGGAUAACAAGCUGUGGAGAUUAACAAAAUUUUCUAAUUUUAAGUCUUCCUGAUAAAAUGACUGAAAAACAUGAAACUAAAAAUUCUGCCGCUCUUUGAGCUGCAACAUCCUCUGCAUUUUGUAUCAUAUGUAAUACAAAGAUUUUUUUUGUAGAGCUUUUACUUUUGUUAUUAAAUAUAUA